AUGCUGCUCCUCCGAGCUCUUUUGCUCCUCGCCAUUCCCCUUCUGGCUAGUGCCAGACUGGAAGCUCAUCAGGAAUUUGUAUCCUCCUCCCGUGUCUCGUUCCUCUACGAAAUUGACACCGAACCAUCGACGGAGCGAGCGCCGACCCAAGUGCACAAGCUGUUUCCCUACCAUCCGCUCGUCAAGGUCAUAUUCCUCGACUCGUUCACGCCCGUCUUCAACUUCACGAUCCAACUCAUCGACUCCUACUCCCGCGAAUCCAUCAGCGAUCGCAUUCAACGCCACGUGCCGCUCGUCGCCAACGAGCCCUGGUUCAACGACACGUUCACCACCGUCUCGGGGGUCUCGUUCAGUGUGUCCACUCGAUUCAGCUGCGCUCCCAACUAUUUUGGUCCUCAGUGCGAUCAGUUCUGCGACGGACACAUGGCGAAGGCGGCCAGGAAGCGAUGCGAUGCGCAGGGACGGCUGAGGUGUGAUGUCGGAUGGAUGGGACCGCAUUGUGGGCAAGGUAAGACUCUUUCUCCCCGCUAAUCCCCCUCCCUUUUGACGGUUCUCCUGUUUGGUCAGGUGUUCCUUUAGAUUUUUCUCUGUCAACCGUCUGGAAAUCAUAAUCAUAUUUUCAGUCGUCGAUCCUCGAAGAUGCAACUGCCACAACGACGGAGCAUGCGUCUCCUCGCUCAUCCACAAUCCGAUCAACUCCACAAUGCUUGAGGAGCACCUGAUCUGCGAGUGCUCGAACGGAUUCACCGGAGAAAAGUGCGAGAUACCCGGAUUCAGUCAAUUUCAGUUCACCGCGCCGAAAUCGGACGCCUGCACUGCCAAGGACGCCUGUUUGAACGGUUAGUCUGAGAUCCUUUUCAAGAUCGAAAAGAACUUGUUCGUUUGCAGGUGCUCAAUGUUUCCCGAACGGCCCGAAAGUCUUCUGUGCGUGCCCCGUCAGAUUCAUCGGCGAGUUCUGUGAAGUCCGUCUCACCACUCAGCCCUCCCCGAUCGGAACUCCAGUCGUCACCGCUUCCGGCUACUCCCUGGGUGUCUACAUCAUCGCCGCCUUCUUCGUCGUCCUUCUUUUGCUUGUCGCCUGCUUCACCUACAAGUACAAGCCAAGACGCGACGAUGCGUUGAGCCGUGGACAGGAUCCGAGCCCAUACGCGGUGCCGGAGACGAAGUCGAUGCUUGUGAACCCGGAGAAGAGAAUGGACAGAGUGUACACGAUCGAAGAGGAGGACCGGUACACGAUGGCGCCGAAGAAGAGCAUGGUGAGCGUCGGAAGCGAGUACGCGACGAUCCAGAAGAAGCCGAGCCCACCAAGCAUGCUCCCGCCGCCAGUCCCAUCUUCAGUUUCCCUUUCGUUCUACGUCUAG